AUGGUGCUUUUCCUCGUCGUCGUGAGUAACAUCUUCAUCUGCUUCGUGUUGCUCGACGAAGCGCCCUCCGUGCCGCUGCUCUCCCGCGCGGGGAAAGGCGGCGGCGGCGGCCUAGGCAGCGGGGGUCGCGGGAGGGAGAGGGGGGGGAGCGGUGGCGAGGGGAGGAGGCAUCCGCGGGUAGCCGCGCACAAGCUCACUCCGGCGGAGAUUGAAAUGCUGGAGAUGCGGAAACAAAAUUUUGAUGGCAGCAGCAGCAAGGAGGGCUUCAUCCAGUUCAGCGCCUACCGCAUCACCCCUCUCCGCGUGGUCGCCAUGGGCCUCAUGCCGCUCACACACCAUGACGUCAUCACUGCCCAGCACUGCUGGUGGGAGUCAGCCAAUGGGCAGUGGACAGAUGGCGCCAUCUCAGUGAAGUUCCCCGGGGAGCACCAUGCACGCGCGUACGAGUGCGUUCUUCUAUACUGCGACCUGCAGCGACCUGUCAGCUCUAUGGUGGGCGGCACGCUCAAGAUGGCGGUGGACCAGCAGGACCUGGUCGUUUACAAGGAGAGCCCCGGCACGCCCGAGCCUCCGCCGGAGGUUCGGGAGGACGUGCGGGUGUUUGAGCGCAACCUGACGUACUGCUCCGCGCCCAUGUUCGGGGCGAUUGACACGCAGCGGCUGCUGGAGUGGAUCGAGUUUCAUAGAUCGGUUCACGGUGUUGAUUAUCUGCGCAUGUACGAUGCAGGGGCCAUGGAUGAUGACGUCAUGGCAGCUCUGAGGCCGUACCUGAGGGCGGGCAUCAUGGAUAUCACCGACAUCAGAGGGGCAGCACUCUAUGACACAUGGAGCUAUGCGCAGGUGCUCAUGGUGAACGACUGUGCUCUCAGGUCUCGACAACUCACCCGGUGGGUGCUAUUCAUGGACGUGGACGAGUACAUACACGUGGUGGAGCCGCCGCACUCGCUGCUCGUCUUUCUCAACUCAGUGCCCGCCAUUCCCUGGCUCUCCUUCGGCUCCCUCACCUUCCCCCUCGACAUCUGCGGCAAGAUACAGGAGGCGGGGUGGGAGCCGUGGGCAGUGGAGCAGCUGGUGUUUCGCGAGCCGGUGCCGCACUGCAAGGAGCCCACCAAGUACUACAGUCGUGACGCAUGCCUCAAGUGGGACGGCCACCGCAAGUACGUGGUGAACCCACGGGCAGCGCAGGUGCUGCAGAUUCACCGAGUCUACGAGCUCAACCCCGCCUAUGAUGCCAAUGCCCCCCCAGACGCUGCUGCUGCUGCCUCUGCUCAAGCUGCCACUGCCCUUCUUGCCACUUCCGGCAGGGAAGAGGGUAGCAGUAACGAUAAUGACAACAGCACAGGAAACAGUACGAGUAUGUCGUCCGGCGGCGGAGGAGAGUCACAGUCGUCGUCGGGAACGUCGGGAUCGCAGCAGGCAACACAGCAAAAGCAAUCGGCUCCCAACGUGGCGAAGCUUGACAUGGGGGGAACAGGUUUUCCUCCUCGGGAUGACGAUGGGGGUGGUGGAGGAGGUCUCUCCUUCCGCUCUCCGUGUCUCGGCCAUCCCUCUGCUCCGUGUCGCUCUCAUAACUCUGCUGAUGUCUCUGCCUCUCCUGGUUCCGCCCUUGAUCUUCCCUGUGGUGACGCGACCCCACACCUGCGGCCCUCUCGUCCACCUACCGCCUCUCAACCCCCACCGCAGGAUCGCUCGUGGAGCCUACGUUCCUAUUCCGGAACAGCCUUUGCAGCAGCUCAGGCAGAGAGCGCGACGUCAGCAGAGCCACAGGAGAGUGACACGUGGAAGGUGAAGGUGUUGUAUGAUGGGGACUGCCCAAUCUGCAUGAAGCAGGUGGAGUUCCUCUCGGCGCGCAACCAGCAGUUUCAAACGCUCAAGUUUGUGGACAUCUCCUCCGAAGACUAUGACCCCGAUGAGAACGGAGGAGUCGAGUAUGAGGAGGCCAUGGGUCACAUGCACGGGGUCUUUCGGGACGGCACAGUUGUCAAAAGCAUGGACGCGUUCCGCAGCUUCUACGAUGCAGUGGGGCUGGGAUGGAUCAUCAACGUCACCAACUUCCCCCCGAUAGCAGUGGUGGUGGAUGCAAUGUAUGAGCUCUUUGCUAAGUACCGCCUCCCACUCACUGGUCAUCCGGGUAUCCAAGCUGCUUUUGAGGAACGCAAACGGACCAAGUAUGGCAUCAAGGGGUGCACCGAGGAAGACCCGUGCGAGGUGGAAUACUGA